AGCAUAACUUAUACGUGAAUAUAUAUUUGUGUGCGAUUAGAAGAUUCUCUCACGCUCAGCAACAGAAACAGCGCCCAGCAAGUUUUUAGCGAUAGUUGUAGUUCGAACUCGCUCACGUUGGCAACGCGCCGUUCCUCAGUGUUGUGCUUACAUAUUUAUUAGUUGUUAUUAUUUAUUUUUUUAAAAUUAUUUUUUGCGUUUUGUGUGGAUGACACUUGUUAGUGUCAGCGCGCAUUGUGAGUCACGCGGCGAGAGUGCAAGUAACAUACAUAUAUGAAUGUAUGUGUGGGUGUGUGUACGUGUGUAUGUUUAUACUCCAUAUUAAACGCAAAGCUAAAGGGAAAUUUAUAACAUUUUGUUUGCUUAGCACGUAGUGAACGAACGAAACGUUGCAACGUAACAACAAUUAACGUAAACGUUUACGCGACUGCGACGUCACUCAACCGGCAUUUGUGAUUGUGUUACGUUACGUGCAACGUUCAUCGCUUUGUGAGAGAGAGAGCGAGCGAGCGAGCGAACGCGUUGUGAUAAUAAUAUGACCACACGCAAAAAGAAGCGUCAGGAUGGCAGCAGCAGCGGCGGCGGCGGCUUCAUUAAGAAAGUUUCAUCACUAUUUAACUUGGAUUCGCUACACAAGGCAUCCUCGACGAAGGUGAAUGGCGACGAUAGCUGGUAUUAUGAGGACAUACAGCUGGAGCGUGGCAAUUCCGGCUUGGGCUUCUCGAUUGCCGGCGGCACUGACAAUCCCCAUAUUGGCACCGACACAUCGAUAUACAUCACAAAGCUGAUACCGGGCGGUGCCGCAGCUGCCGAUGGACGUCUGAGCAUUAACGACAUCAUCGUAUCGGUCAACGAUGUCUCCGUUGUGGAUGUGCCGCAUGCCUCCGCUGUGGAUGCUCUCAAGAAGGCCGGCAACAUUGUUAAGCUGCAUGUGAAACGGAAACGUGUCGCAAGUGCAACAGCUGCCGCACCGACAACAGCCGAUGUCCCAGACAGCGUCAGCGGUACGGCGAUCUCCGCUUCGGCCUCGGCGUCGGCACCGGCGGGACCAAAGGUGAUCGAAAUUGAUUUGGUCAAGGGCGGCAAAGGUCUGGGCUUCUCAAUUGCCGGCGGCAUUGGCAAUCAGCAUAUACCGGGCGACAAUGGCAUCUAUGUGACCAAGCUCAUGGAUGGCGGUGCGGCCCAAGUGGACGGGCGCCUCUCCAUUGGCGACAAGCUAAUCGCGGUUCGCACUAAUGGCAGCGAAAAGAAUUUGGAGAAUGUCACGCAUGAAUUGGCUGUGGGCACACUCAAGUCCAUCACCGAUAAGGUGACACUGAUUGUUGGCAAAACGCAGCAUUUAACGAGCAGUGCCUCACAGUCGGGCAGUGCACAGCUUGGCCAGCAGUCGCAGGCGCAUUCACAGUCGCAAACCCAAUUGGCAGCUGCCCCACGGCAACAGCAGCAGCAGCAGCCAGUUAAUUCGGAAUCUGCAGGUGCGCUUAACAAUGUUGGGCAGUCAGUUGUUGAUUCAGUCACAGAUUCAGUCAUCACCAACUCCACUAUCACCACAACCACAACCACUUCCAAUACCAACAACAUCACCACCGCCACCAACACGACCAACACCUCCACAUCCAAUACUAGCUACGGCACCAAUUUAGGCUCAAACAGCAGCCAUAUAGUGCAGCAUAAUAUUGCCACAGUCAGCAGCAGCAGCACCAGCAGCAACAACAACAAUCUUAACAACAACAACAACAUUAACAGCAGCAACAGCAGCAGCAGCAACAACAACAGCAGCAACAGCAGCAGCAACAACAGCAAAAGCAACAGCAACUACAAUAACAACAGCAACUUAGUAGCAGCUAACGCUAAAGACACAGCUACAGCAGCUGCAGCUGCAGCCACAACACAACCACCCGCCUCCGCCUCCGCCUCAGCCUCUGCCUCUGCCUCAGCCUCAGCUUUAGCUUUUAAUGCUAAGCUAGCAAUGCCACUGGCUGCUGCUGGCGGCACAGAGCACAGCCGUUCCCAAUCACCCUUGCCAAGGCAGCCCGGCUCAAGAUACGCAUCGACGAAUGUCCUGGCGGCCGUGCCACCGGGCACACCGCGCGCUGUCAGCACAGAGGAUAUAACCAGAGAACCACGCACCAUUACCAUACAAAAGGGACCACAAGGUCUGGGCUUCAAUAUAGUCGGCGGCGAGGAUGGCCAGGGUAUUUAUGUAUCAUUCAUAUUGGCCGGCGGUCCGGCGGAUCUUGGCUCCGAGUUGAAGCGCGGCGAUCAGCUGCUCAGUGUGAACAAUGUCAAUUUGACGCAUGCCACACACGAGGAGGCGGCACAGGCAUUAAAAACAUCUGGCGGCGUGGUCACAUUGGUUGCACAAUAUCGGCCAGAGGAUUAUAAUCGAUUCGAGGCACGCAUUCAGGAGCUGAAGCAACAGGCGGCGCUUAGCGCCGGCGGCUCUGGCACCCUGCUCCGCACCACACAGAAGCGUUCGCUAUAUGUACGCGCCCUCUUCGACUAUGAUCCAAAUCGCGAUGAUGGCCUGCCGUCGCGCGGCCUGCCCUUUAAGCACGGUGACAUUCUGCAUGUGACCAAUGCCUCCGACGAUGAAUGGUGGCAGGCACGACGCGUGCUCGGCGACAAUGAGGACGAACAAAUCGGUAUUGUGCCAUCGAAGCGGCGCUGGGAGCGUAAAAUGCGUGCACGUGAUCGCAGCGUCAAGUUCCAGGGACAUGCGGCGGCUAACAACAAUCUAGAUAAGCAAUCAACAUUGGAUCGCAAAAAGAAGAAUUUUACAUUCUCACGCAAGUUUCCAUUCAUGAAGAGUCGCGAUGAGAAGAACGAAGAUGGCAGCGACCAAGAGCCAAACGGAUUUGUAAACAGCAACAGUGAAAUUGAUGUUAACAAUGUUAACAAUAAUCAAGCAAACGAGCCGCAGCCUUUUAUGCUUUGCUACACACAAGACGAUGCCAACGCUGAAGGAGCUUCCGAGGAGAACGUGCUGUCCUAUGAGGCCGUGCAGCGUUUAUCCAUUAGCUAUACACGUCCCGUUAUAAUAUUGGGACCACUUAAGGAUCGUAUCAAUGACGAUUUGAUAUCUGAAUACCCGGACAAAUUCGGCUCAUGUGUGCCACAUACCACACGGCCGAAACGCGAAUAUGAGGUAGAUGGCCGGGACUAUCAUUUUGUGUCAUCGCGCGAACAAAUGGAGCGUGAUAUACAGAACCAUCUGUUUAUCGAAGCUGGCCAGUACAAUGACAAUUUGUAUGGCACUUCGGUGGCCAGUGUGCGCGAGGUGGCCGAAAGGGGCAAACACUGCAUACUGGAUGUUUCGGGCAAUGCAAUUAAGCGCUUGCAGGUGGCGCAACUCUAUCCGGUUGCUGUUUUCAUAAAGCCCAAGUCUGUGGACUCUGUGAUGGAAAUGAACCGUCGCAUGACCGAGGAGCAGGCCAAGAAAACAUAUGAGCGCGCUAUUAAAAUGGAGCAAGAAUUCGGCGAAUACUUUACGGGCGUUGUACAAGGCGAUACAAUCGAGGAAAUAUAUAGCAAAGUCAAAUCAAUGAUUUGGUCGCAAUCGGGACCAACUAUUUGGGUACCAUCGAAGGAAUCUCUAUGACCAACAGCCACAACAACAUGGACACUGCCGCCUCGAGUACGUUGUCGACCUGUCUCGAGAACACCAACAACAACAACAACAACAGCAGCAAUAGCAGCAACAACAACAGCAGCAACAGCACCAUCAACAGCAGCAUCAACAGCAACAGCAGCAGCAACAACAACAAAUCAGCCGCAACAAAAAACGUCUCAUUGAUGCAUCAACACAACGACGCUGCAAACACCAACAACAGCAACAAUACGCAGCAGUCAAACCGAUGUUGUUCAUGAUUAGAUUGGUUAUUGUUUUUUUUUUUUAUAAACAAUUAACAUUUGCCGGAGCAGUUCAAUAGGAGCCCAAAAAAAAAGGAAACACACUAAAUCAAGAUUCUUGGCUAUUAGCUCUUAGCUCUCUUGCUGUGAGGACAAACUGUUCAAACUGAAGCGGCGGCUGUUUAGUUUAAGUUAGAACAAAAUUGAUAAAAAAAAAAAGAAAAAGAAAAA